AUGAAAACGAAAGGGAUAUUGUCAGUAUUACUGUUUUAUGCCAAUGCAGCACAUGCAACUUCCAUAGCACAAAGCGAGUCAAUAGAUAGUGUAUUGAUACCUUUUGAGGCAGGUAACUCUCAAGGAAGCACAGGAAAGGGGUCCAACAACCUGCAGUCACCAAUUGGCCUCUCAAAUGACAAUGCCAUAAUUCCAACUUCUGUUUCCGCCUACAACACCGGAGUGAUACAGGAGCACAAUGGAACUGAGCACGUAUGCAUCAAUAACUCAUGCUCUGAAGGAAGCAUGCCAUUCGUAGGAGAGCAAAACCCAAACGGCGAUCCAAUGAGUCCAGCUCCAGGAGAUCCAUUCCCCCCCAUCAUGGGAAGACGAGGGCGCCGAGUGCCUACGCCUGUCCCCAUAGGCGCGCCAUUUGGACCGCAGAGAUACACAACUAAUCCAGAUGAUCCUUCCUUUGGCUCAAUGCCUGUGUCGGCAAACAACUACCAGCCAUACGCAAAGAGCGCAAUGCCUUUCCUCAACCCAAUCACUGCCAUGGCCACAGGCUUUGGUAAUGGUCCAACAAGGGACGAAGCUCUGGGAGUGCUCUUCUCGAUAGGUGAUGAAGACUCAUACGUUGUUCUAGGUAAUGUGUCAAUAAAGUUCCCGCUGAAGGUUCUUCUAUCAAGUACUACUAUGUCAACAGAUGAAGUGAUAGCGCAGGACAGAAGAGAUGUGCUGAUGAGCGAGCUCGAGGGGAAGGGAACUUCAAGAUACUAUGACAGCGGACUCAAUGUCUUAUACUCAAGUGGGAUGUACUUCUACAUUCCUAGGACUGCUCUCUCACUCUCCAUUGAAAUAGGAAAGUUAGUGGUCACUGAAGAGUACAUGAAGUCAUUCUCCAAGGUAAACUCAGCCAAAGGAGUAUUUACCAAGGUAAGAGAUAACGAUGGAACAUACGUGUACUACAUCGAUGUGUACGGUGUUAACAUAGUUCUGCCCAACCCAGAGACACCCAUUGUGAGUCAGGUCAUGACAACGCCUGAAGGGUACGGAUUUGCAUUGGAAAAGGCAAAGAGAAUAGAGAUAUACAAGGGAGUGCUGAUCCUGAACAAAUUGGCGUACGAGCCAAGAGAUGAAAGAACUGUGGCUGAAGAGCUGCAGAAGUUCACAUCUGGUCUGAAGAAGAAUCUGUUCGAAACAAUCAGAAAGAAGUUUCCCUUUGAGGAAAAAACACCAGCAGAAAAAGACGAUGAUGACGAUCUUUCUUCAUCUAGCUACUCUAGUGCCUCUUCUUCUUCGGGAAGCAAGAGCAGCCCUCACAAGCACAAAGGAAAAGGCGGCGAUGGAUCGAGUGAUGGGUCUUCCUCUGGCUCUGACUCUGAUUCUGGCUCCUCUAGCUCUGACUCUGAUCCCAGCUCUAGCUCCCUUGAUAACACUAAGGGAGCGAAUGGCAGCAGUGAUUCUCACCCGCGCAAACACAAGCACAAGCACAAGCACCACCCAAGCUCAAGCGAUGGAUCCAGCAGCGAAGACAAAGCUUCAUCUGUCCCGCGUGUAAAAGAUACGCCAGAGAGUCUGCAGAGAAAGGCCCUGAGAAUGGACGAAAAAGCAGCACUAGCAGCAGCACGAAAGGACUACAAGCAAGAAAAGCGUGCAAGAAGAAAAGCCAGAAAGGCAAGAAGAAAGGCAAGAGCAAUGGAAAAAGAAGCCCGAGCAGGCGAGAUCCUGAAGGCGAGAAAGGCCGGCAGCGAUCAGGAAAGCGCAGAGCAAGACGCAGCAGCAGCAAGACAGGCAUCAAAAGGAGGCAUGAUAGAAGGAGAGACCACACAAGCAGGAGCCGCAUGGUUCUCUGCAGAUAUGAACAAAAAUGUAGCAAUUAAAACAAUAGUGGAGAGCAAGAGCGAAACAACAACAGCAUCUGCUUCGGUCUUUGAAGAAAGCUCCAGAAAGGCUGCAGCCAGCUCCUUUACAGCCAAUGCAUCAUCUGCCAUCAUAUCAGCGCACCAAGCACAUGAAACAUACUACAAGGGAGUCUCCUCCUCUGAAUACGCCACGCGAGAGAUACAAGGGUCCCUCAUGGGAAUGACCAUGCAGCACGCUUUGUUCAGCACAAAGGGCCGCAUGUACCAGAGCCAGAAGCACAUGGCAUACGGUGUGAGAUCGAGCAGAAGCUCAAAAAGAUGGCUGACCAGAAGAAUCUCCAAGAUCACAAGGAUGAGACGCGCCAUGUCAAGAGCCUCGAGAAGGUUCAUGCAGAGCGGUGCAACAUCUGCAGGAGUAGCAGCAGCAGCAGCGAAAGAACAGGCUGCAAGAUCAGCUGCGAUAAGAUCGAGCAGAAAAGCAGCAAGGGCCCAAAGAAAAGCUGCAUCAUACAAAGCAAUGGCGCAGAAGGCAGAAGCACAGGGCAACAAGAAGCAGGCAAGAGCGUACAGAAAGACAGCAACAAGGCAAACAAGAACGUACUCCAAGCACACCGCAAGAGCAGCGCAGUUUGGCCAGGCUGUGGGCCAGUUCCAGCAAGAUAAAUUGCAAGAGUGCACCAGGCAGUCAGAGAUCAUUGCGCACCAGCUCUCUAAUCCCACUGAGUCUAUGACAGAGAAAGAGACAAUAGAUCUAAACAAGGCUGUAGCGCAGAUCUUGACUACCUCUCAGAUACAGGUGCUCAGCAAAGUCCUUUCUGUGGCGCAGAUAAGAGCCCUGAACUCCAUGCUUACGCCGCAGCAGGUGCAGCAGACACUUAUUCAUAUAGGUGCACUAACUCCUGUGCAGAUGCAGGGCAUACUGCUGCGUCUGCAGAUAAAGGGGCAGGAGCUGGAGAAAAUGCCGAUGCAGACACCAAUGCCAAUGCCAAUGGGAUUCAACCCAAUGUUCCCUGCUUUCCCACUGGGAAGCCCAGCUGUAGCUAAUGUCAUGUCGCGCAUACAGGGAGUGCCAUCGCAGAUGACAGAAGGAGACAUAAUCAAGUACCUAAUGGAGGGACAGGCUAUGUUCCAGUCGCAGACCAUUUCCCUGAGCCCAGAGCAGAUUAGCGUAGUGAACAAGCAGCCAGAGAUGAUACAGAAGCUCAUCGUGCAGCUGAAGGCGCAGAAGGAGACAAUAGAAGCAAGCAUGAGAAAGGAGAAGUUUGGAGAAAGAAUGAGAUCAAGUAUCAGUGUGUGCAAUCCUAUGCUGGGCCUGCAGGCUGGUAUGUCCAGGGGCGCGUUCGAUGGAAUAUCCUCAGAUGCAGGGCUCCAGCUCGCUGGCGUUGUUUCCCUGGGUAAUAGCUCGUUCAAUGCGAUCAGACAGCUGCUAGCUUCUCCAAGUGUUGCAUCGUACAUCGGCAUGGACCAGGGAAUGCUUUCGCAGGCUCUCUAUGGCCAGACAAAGAACAACGAUCUGAUGUGUCUUCUCUCUAAGUCUGCGAUGACGGAUCCUCUCUACCAGGGAAUGCCGUCUAAUGAGCAGUCUCUCAUUAACACAAGGUUUGAUAUGACGCAGAACAAACUGUACGGAAUGUACGGAGCAUCACUUACUAGGCUAGAGCAGGCUCUUGCAUCAGCAUACAACCUCAUUAAGAGCUCGUCAGUCAGGUGCUCUGGAAAGGCUCCAAAGCAGCCCGUUCCCACAUGCAAGAUACAUCCAAUGGCAACAGCAUAA